AUGGAGUUGAGUGGAGCUUUGUUUUCAGGUUUGAUUGACCAUAUUUCUAAUUCUUGGGAUCAAGAUAUCUUAUCUGACAUUUUUAUACCUGAGAAUGUGACUCGUAUUUCUAGGAUCCCUGUUAGUCCGGAUUAUGAGGAUUCUUGGUACUGGUUGAGUGAUCCCAAGGGGUGUUAUUCAGUGAAAAGUGGCUAUAGACACAUUGUUGGAACUUUUGAGUGCAACUCGGAUAAUUUUGAUAAAUGGGUUGCUUUAUGGAGUUUGAAAGUUCCCCCCAAAUGGAGGACCUUCUUAUGGAGAGCUCUGAGUGAUAUCCUCCCUACUACUACAAAUUUGCUUUUAAAGAGAGUUGAAGUGAAUUCCUUGUGCCCUAUGUGUGGUCUUGAUCAUGAGAAUGUUAUGCAUGCACUUGUUUUAUGUGAUUAUGCUAGGCUUGUUUGGCACAAGUCUUCUUUGCCCAUCACAAAUAUUGAUGGUGAUACUUUUGCUAUGUGGCUCAAGAAUGUGAUGCUUUCUAUGAGAGGAACAAAUUGGACUGGUAGCUGCUGUUUAUGUAACUUUUGGCAUUCAAGGAAUCGUGUCGUGUGGGAGCAUUCGUUGCCUCGGCCUAGGAACACGUGGAGUGCGGCAGUCUCCUUGCUGCAUGCUUAUCGCCAAGUCCACCUGCGACCUCCACCACCGCCAGCCGAUAUCGUCGAACCUGUGGCACCUCCUCCUCGGCUGCGCUGCUUCUUCGAUGCGGGGUACAAGCCGCUCACGGGAGAAGCCACGUUCGGGGCUGUUUUGCUAUCACACAAUGGCACGUUCGUGGCGGCAUGUAAUGGUAAGCUUGUGAGUUACUUCUAA